AUCACAGUAAAUAUGUUGAGGUCAGCUUGCAGAACACUCGUCGCAUCGGCUGCUAGGACCAGGCCGUUCCAUACGUCAUAUGUUGUUGCUCAAGCGGCAACGAAGAAACGCCCUGAAGAUUUCGGAGCGAUACCAUCCGGUCAAAUUGGUGUGCCUUCUAGGGCGUCAAAUCAGUUCUUUGACGAUGUUUUGGCUGCGUCCGGAGUUAUGCCUUCAUCCUCCUCUGUCGACUCAGCCCUGGCCGAUGGAACAGGCUUCGUUUUGGCUUCAGGAGAGGUGUUGAAGGGUUCUGCGCUCAUCAUCAAUAAUGUACCGUUCUUGUGGGACGUUACUCUAUCCGAAUCUGCUACACGGACUGGAGUCCUGGAUCUGCCGAAAGACGCAUUUGCCGUAUUGGAGCUUUGUCAUCCUAAGCCAGAGUUGAUCAUGAUUGGGACAGGAGCGAGGACGUUGAUGUUGAGCAAGGAGACAAGACAGAGGCUAUAUGAUCUGGGAAUCUCGGUGGAUGUAAUGGAUUCGAGGAAUGCGGCAAGCACGUUCAACAUGUUGCUGGCCGAGGGAAGGAAGGUAGCGGCAGGGCUUUUGAGUGCCAAAAGGAUAGACUCUAAGACGGGAAAGGAAUUGUGAAUGAUUUGAGCUGAUGAUUAUGCUUUUUUUUCGGUGUAUGACAUAGAAGGCUUUCCACGGCGGG